CUGGAGUCCUUCAUUCCAUUCAUUCAUGACGGAAGAACCAUUAUUGAACAACAGUCAGUGAAGUAGUAUUUAUUGUUGAGAAAGUUGGCUAAAUAAGGCCUGUCGAAGUUAGUCAAUCAGGUGGAGACAUCAAAUAUAUAAAACGGUACUUAUUUGAAGCAACGUGAACAAUCCCCUCGAUGGUUUCAUCCUCGGACUUUUUUAAUCAAAAACCCAAUGAUAUUCUCUGACAAGUCACAGGAAUGCAUCCCAAAGAUCAUCUGCGCAAUUCCAUCAUGAGAAGCAAAGAGCCAAAGAAACCGGUUUAGAAGGGAGGCGGUGAGGCCUCAGGCUUUUCCGCUCACUUCGAUCCCCCGCAACUUCAGCUUCCGCUGUCAUCGACGUCAGCCAUCCCAGCUUCCCCUGAACCGCCUCAAAAUGAAGAUCCUCUACAUCGGAGUCAUCCAUAAUGGCCAACAGCCCGCCGUGGAGCUGUGCGCCGAAAAGGAGCUCAGCAGCUACUCACGCUUCACCCGGAGCAACAUCGGCGAGUUUAUGACCAUGUUCAGCAAGACGGUCGCCGAGCGAACGAAACAGGGCCAGAGACAGGAUAUCGAGGAACAAGAUUUCACUUUCCACGUCUACGCGCGGACCCAAAACAUCGCCGGUGUCAUUAUCAGCGACAAGGAAUAUCCCUCUUUGGCGGCACACCAGAUCCUCUCCAAGACCCUCGACGAGUUCCUCGCCCAAAACCCCAACGCCGACUCCAGGAACCCCGUGACCUUCCCGCCCCUGCGAACGUACCUCACAACGUAUCAGGACCCGCAGCAGGUCGACAGCAUCAUGAAGAUUCAGAAGGAGCUGGACGAGACGAAGAUUGUGCUCCAUAAGACUAUUGAGAGUGUUCUCGAACGAGGCGAGAAGAUCGACGACCUGGUCACCAAGAGCGAGGGACUCAGCGCACAGAGCAAGAUGUUCUACACUUCUGCGAAGAAGCAGAACUCUUGCUGCGUUAUUUGCUAGUUGAUGUCAUCUUGCCACACACUUGCUGCAUCUCUUUUCUCUGUUUUUCCUUUUCCUGAACGGACGCCAUGCUUGUGUGGAAUAUUACUCGGGGGCGUUUUAUUUUCCCGAUAUCUGCCUUUGUCGCUUCUUUUUUUUUUUCGCUUUUACACAGCCAUCUUUGCGUCCAAUUUUGAAGUUCUCGCCGACCGCGUUCACCUGAGAAAGUUGUUGGUGAUUUGGUCCCAUUAUGAAAGGUGGUCUUCCGUAUGAGAUACCUCAGGCAUCCGCUCUCUUAGAGUUAAUAUAUUGUUCCGAAUUUCCUUGCCCAAUCUUGGAUUCUUGACGUGCUCUUCUGGUCGUGC